AUGGUAUUAUAUGUUGUAUUUGCAAAUGCGCUGCCAGAUGGCUUGCCCGUCCUCCGCUCCGUGAAUGACUCUGACUUGCGGGCCGUAUUGCAAGAUUUCGUAGAGAACUCGGGGAACGCUGACAAGGCGAAGGCAAAGCAAGAUCAAGCUCGCAAGCGACUGACUGACAAAGCUUGGGCCCUCUGCAAAAAAGUGCGCAAGGCCAGGGCGAAGGCAGAGAAGAAAGCCAAAGAUAGCGUCAAGAAGGGUACUGCUGCGAGCAAAACAAAAUCGAAGCCUCCGACAGUUGUAAAGGGCCAGACUGCAAUGGUGCCAUUGGCGCUCAUCGAGGACGACCACGCAGGGACCAAGUCAAACUUCAUUAGCCAUGUGAAGGCGGCAGCAGAAUACAUGGAGAAGAUCAACAAUAAACAUCCAGAGGUGAUUGCAGCGUUUACCAACAUCGCGCACUACAUGGCUGUAUCAGGGUGUCCGAGCAUCUCCUUGCAUACCAAGGCGGGGGCAGAGCCGAAGGUGUGCAAGGGGUGGUCGGCGCUGAAGAUAUUUUUCAAAGA